AUGUCUAUGGAUCUCGAUGGCGGUGUCCCCAUGACGGGGAUGCAGGAUCAGCCUAUCGCUGCGACUAUUCUUUGCUGCAACUGUGGUGCUCCCAUCGAUGGAACCACCUCUGCUGGAGCACUGUGCCAGGACUGUGUGAGACUCACCGUCGACGUUUCUCAAGGCAUUCAGCGAGAAGCCGUUCUUCAUACCUGCAAAGACUGCGAGCGAUGGUUGCUCCCACCUCAGAGCUGGGUUGUUGCAAAUCCCGAAUCGAAGGAACUCUUAGCUAUCUGUCUGCGCCGCUUGCGUGGCUUGACAAAGGUCCGCAUCAUCGACGCCAGUUUCAUCUGGACUGAACCCCACUCUCGCCGUGUUAAGGUGAAGAUCACGAUCCAGCAGGAAGCGUUCCAAGGCACAAUCAUUCAGCAAACUUUCGAGGUUGAAUACGUCGUUGCAUCACAGCAAUGUCCUGACUGUCAGAAGAGUUUCACACCCAACACCUGGAGAGCUUCAGUGCAAGUGCGACAGAAAGUGCCGCACAAGCGAACAUUCCUUUUCCUUGAGCAGUUGAUGUUGAAAAACAACAUCCACAAAGAUACCGUGAACAUUAAGGAAGUGAAGGACGGCCUGGACUUCUACUUUGCUCAGCGCAAUCACGCAGAGAAGAUGUUGGACUUUUUGACGUCAAAUGUUCCUUGCAAGACGAAGAAGUCGCAGGAACUGAUAUCCAUGGAUAUCCACACUUCUACCAAGUCCUACAAGUUCUCUUACUCAGUUGAGCUGAUCCCCAUCUGUAAGGAUGAUAUGGUCGCUCUCCCAAUCAAACUGGCCCGCCAAUUGGGUAACAUUUCGCCCUUGACCCUCUGCCACCGUGUUGGUACUGCCGUCAACCUUAUCGACCCCUCAACUCUUCGCACCACCGACGUUCCCACUGGCACCUACUUCCGCUCGCCAUUUAAGAAUCUUGCCGAUGUGACAGAGCUGAAGGAGUAUAUUAUCAUGGACAUUGAACUCACCGGCGAGACUAAUGGCCGGUACCAUCUGGCCGAAGCCUACGUCGCUAAGGUCUCGGAUAUGGCACACAAUAACAAGACAUACUUCGUCCGGACACAUCUCGGUGGUGUUCUCCAUGUUGGAGAUUCAGCACUAGGAUACCAUCUGGCCGGUACCCAGUUCAAUGACGACAACUACGAGGCCAUUGAGGCGAACAACCAGUACAGCUCGACCAUCCCCGAUGUGAUGCUCGUCAAGAAGUUCUACCCCCGCAAGAAGAAGCCCAAGAACCGUGCCUGGCGUCUUAAGCGUAUGGCUCGCGAGUACGAGGCCGAGGCUGAAGCCGGUGGUGCUGCGCCUACUUCUCGCAAACAAGAGCAAGAGCAGAGCCGCAUGGAAGCCGACUUUGAGAUGUUCUUGCGUGACGUUGAAGAGGAUCAAGAGCUACGACAAACCCUGGACCUCUACAAGGUCCACAAUCGUUCUGCCCCCGUGGAGGAUCAUGAUAUGGAUGAGGACCUUGAUGGCGAGAGUGAUGAUGGUGUGCCGGAGAUUAACGUGGAUGAUCUACUUGACGAUUUCGAUGAGUUGACCAUGGCUGAUGACUGA